GCUACGAGCUAGCCCUGUGUCCCGGACAUCAUUCCCCACUUGGCUUGUGCGAUUCAGUCAAGCCUAGCAUUUAUUCGUUGGCCCAUACGGUGGAUUCCUAACUGCAGAAUGUCGGAGACAGUCAAGCCACCAACUUCGUUUUUCAUCGAGGACAUCCUCUCCAUUAAAGAGAAUACACGGCUAAACUUCAGGUGCUCUUCCUCACACAAAUCCAAGGAGGGAUGCGCGCAAUGGAAUAACCAACAGUGCGAGCAUGUAUCACAAUCAGAGGAACUUUGCGCACAGGAUACAGCAUUUGAAGAGCGGAAAGAUGUAUUUGACAGCUCUUGUUCUAGCACCCCAGAUGCCAUGAUAAGCUUUACAUCAGUCGGCAAACAGAAGCGCUCGCGCGCUGCCUUUACGCAUCUGCAAGUGUUAGAACUGGAGAAGAAAUUUAACCACCAGAAGUACCUGUCCGCUCCCGAAAGAGCCAAUCUUGCCAACACGUUGGGACUGACCGAGACCCAAGUUAAAAUCUGGUUUCAGAACAGAAGAUACAAAACCAAACGGAAGCAGCAAGCUACGGAGUACUGUAAGGACAUCUUUCAAAAGUCAGAAGAACUAAGUACAGAGGACAAUUUAGUCAGAUCGUCGCUUCUCUCCACGUUCUACAAAACAUAUAAAUACCAACCAUAUGUGUAUGACUUCAAUGGCACAUGGAGACCAAUACUGUGGUGAACAUUACAUAAUACUGGACAAUAUUCAGGUCAAUAUGGACACAAUGCCUUAUGAGGAGAGUAUGUUAAACAACUAAUUAUGUUACUUAGUUAUUUGAUCUAUUCAGCACAGUAACCUGUAAUAUUUUUUCACAAUCUACUUUUAUAUGGCUAAAAUGUAGCCUACCAAUGUCAAACCGUCAAGCUGUAAUUUUUCAUUCAUAGCCUAUAUGUAUGAGUAUGUUAUCACAGAAAAAAAUGACCUAAUCACUUUGUUGCUUGCAUUUUCUUUUUUUAUGUAUAUUUUUUCCCGAAAUUGCAAGAAAAUAAAGGGUAACUGAUUUGAAA